AUGAUCUCACGUGCUAAUAACAUCACUAUCGGAGUGUUGGCCCUACAAGGUGCCUUUGCUGAACAUAUAGACCAUUUGACUACUGCAGCUGAUAGCUUACAAACACAACCUAUAAACGUUAUCCCUGUAAGAACACCUCCAGAGUUAGAUUCAUGCGAUGCCCUAGUUAUCCCUGGAGGGGAAUCCACAGCUAUUUCGCUUAUUGCAGAACGAACUGGACUCUUGGCUCAUUUGAUGGACUAUGUAGCCUCUGAGAAGCCUGUCUGGGGUACUUGUGCCGGUUUAAUCUUUCUUGCCAAGCAAGUAGUCAAUGGGAAACCCAAUCAACAGAUUCUUGGGGGUAUGGAUAUCCAAGUUCAUCGUAAUGCCUUUGGAAGACAAUUGCAUUCGUUUGAAGCACCUUUGGAUUUUUCAUCCUUCAUUAAAGACGUCAUUGAUUUCCCUACAGUGUUUAUUAGAGCUCCAGUAAUCUCUAAGAUAUUAGAAAAUGCAGAAUCAGAAUCAGAAUCAGAAUCAGAAUUGACUACUAUCAUUUCAAACAACACUUACAAGAAUAAAGCUCCACUUCAAAUAUUACAUCAAUUGGAGAAUGGAUUUAUAGUAGCAGUGAAACAAGGUUCCAAAUUGGGUACUUCUUUCCAUCCUGAGUUGGUUUCCGAUACAAGAUUCCAUAAAUGGUUUAUCCUGGAGUUUGUCUUAAGAGAAUAG